AAUAGUAACAACCUGUCCUAUUUCUGAUGAGUGUGUGGGCAUGUUCUUUUUCUUUUCAGCCUCUGAGAAUUAAAGUCUGUUGGGAGCUGGGACCUUGGGAAGUGAUAGAGAAGAGCACUUUUCACAGCCCUGGCUUGUAUUGCCCUCAGUUUCAUUUUUUCAGUAUGUUUUUGAGUGGAUAAGCCCCCAGCAGGUUGGGGUAGGAUUGCGUUUUCUGAUUUGUGUGAUUCUAACUCAUAGGCAGGAUCGAAGCAGAUGACAGUAUUAGCUAGGAUAGCUAUCAGACCUGUAGCUUCAUGUGAGCCUUUGCUAAUUCAGUGGUUGGUUAUUGUUUAGUUUGGCUUUCUGCAUCGGAGACGUGUAAGCAGCUGUUACUAUUCAAGGGCUGUGUUAGACUAAGGGCUAUAUUGAGUGAGUCCUUGGUAAAGAUAUAUAUGCUGUAUAAAUCACUCUGAAAAAGCUUUGUGGUAGGGAAUGAUGUCCAUUUCAUGAGUGGGUCCUGCUGAGGUAGAAAAAGAAGUUGAGCCACUACCAUAAAGCUGUUCUGAGCAUUAAGGAUGUAUGUGCUGGUGUACAUAGUUUCUGUUAGCUUGAUGCUGUUUCUCAAACUUGAUGCCUUCAGCAGGAGAAAGUAUUUGAAGUGUUAGCAGGAGCGCUCAUCACUUCAUGCAGAUCAGCCAUGUAAAUGGUGGCCUGAUGACUGUUGAGUGCGGGCAUUCUGUUUUCUUCAUCUGUUACGUCUCCAAGUUGCGUCUCCAUGGUACUUCUGUUGUCUGUCAAGGCGUUGGCUUUCAGGGUCCCUGGGGGGCUGUUACGUCCAUGCCUCCAGGUUGGGACAGACAACACUGACCUGCACCUCUUCCAGGGUCUUUGUACUGAUGAGACUGUCACGUCUUCACUAGAAACAGCCUCUUCUAGACAGAAGGGGGCAUUUGUUUUUUCUUUCUAGCUGCUGUUGGUUCUAGCAGUGGUUGCUUUCCUCCAGCAGUCCUGAACGACAGAAGCCUCCAACCUGGCAAAACAGAGCAAGUUAGGCUGAACUGUUGUGGAAAUUUAAAUAGAAAAGUCCUCUUCAAGCUUGUUGAAUGAAGAUCCUUGGGCAUCUUCACUGUUUCCUAGCACAGUGUUUGGCAUUUCUGCUGAGAACAGAAGGCUGAGGAAGGCUCUAAUUGAAUCCAGCUACCUAAAAGGCUGUUGUGAAGAAGAUGGACUGAGUAUUUCUUAGAGAUAUACAGUGAAAGGACAGCCAGAAGAAGUCACAGUAAUGAAAGGCAGUAGUAGGAAUAAGGAUCAUUCGACAGAAGGAGAAGGAACUGGGAAGCGACCAAAAAGAAAGUGUCUUCAGUGGCAUCCCCUGCUUGCCAAGAAACUCCUUGACUUUUCUGAAGAGGAGGAGGAAGAAGAGGAGGAGGAAGAUAUUGAUAAGGUGCCUCUCCUUGGCGCUGAUGGUUUAGAGCAGGAUGCUGAUGAAACCGAAGAUGACGAGUCCUCAGAGCAACGAGCUCGCCGACCAAUGAAUGCAUUUCUCUUGUUCUGCAAACGCCAUCGCUCUCUGGUUCGGAAAGAACACCCUCGCCUCGAUAACCGUGGCGCAACCAAGAUCUUGGCAGAUUGGUGGGCUGUUCUAGAUCCAAAAGAGAAGCAGAAAUACACUGACAUGGCCAAGGAGUACAAGGAUGCAUUUAUGAAGGCAAAUCCAGGGUACAAGUGGUGCCCCACAACAAACAAACCUGUGAAAACCCAGACUUCCACUGUUACAAGCAGGAAGAAGCUGUGGGCCUUCCCUUCAGACUCUGCAAAAGAUAUACCAAGCCCGAGGAAAGUGACAAAAAGUGAAGAAAUGCCACAGCUUAACUUUGGGAUGGCAGAUCCUACACAAAUGGGAGGCCUGAGUAUGCUGCUUUUAGCUGGGGAACAUGCCCUGACUGCACAAGAGGUUUCCUCAAAUACUUGCCAAUCUGAUACGACUGAUUCUACGGAAGUGUGUCAGAAGUCAUCACUGUUUCAGUUUGCAGAGAUCUCUUCAAGCACAUCACAGCCAGGAAUUCCAGGAGCUGUAAAACAAACGGAAGAGUCUGCAUUAUUUCAGUUUGCUGAGAUUUCAUCAAAUACUUCCCAGCUGUCAAAUCCUGAGCCAGUAAAGCACUGUGGGAAGUCGGCACUCUUCCAGUUGGCAGAGAUAUCUUCAAGUACAUCCCAUUCAGGUCCUGAUUUAACAAAGCAGUGUGGAACAUCAGCAUUAUUUCAACUGGCAGAGAUGUGCCUUGCUUCGGAAGGGGUAAAAAUGAAAGAACCUGGGAAAAUAAAAGUGGAAGUAUCAGAAGAUGUGACAAGGGAAGUUCCAGAAAUGGAAUUGGAGGAACUGGAGAAGACAACAAUAAAGGACUCCUGUACAGGAAAAAUGGAACUAUCAGAGACAUUACAAAACUGGGAUGAGACAAAAGCUGAGGAAUUAGAAACUGUAAAAUGCAGUGAUUUUACUAGUCUUCUUAAGGAUAGCAAUCCUUUUGAGAGAAAUGAUAACACAAAGGAUUACAUGUGCCGUUCUCCAGAGCUUUCGUUAGCUGAAAUGAGUAUCCUUGGGCUGGGCAAGCCAGAAAAGUUGAAGAAGAAGAAGAAGAAAAAUAAGUUGGACCGGCACUCAAAUGAAAAAUCCACCCCUAAAAAGACUUGUAAAAAGAGACAGUCCUCCGAGUCGGACAUUGAGAGUGUAAUGUAUACAAUUGAAGCUGUUGCAAAAGGAGACUGGGGUGCUGAGAGACUUGAAGAAACUCCACGCAAAAAAGCCCGCCCAUCCUCAAAUGUGAAGGGAAGCAUGUUGGAUACAAAAUCACCAAAGAAAAAAGUGAAAUCUAAAGAGAAGAAGGCAUCAAAGGAGAAACUCAUGGAGACCACCAAAGAAUCAAAGCCUCCUGAUUUCCUUAGUAUUACAGCCAACAAGGAAGUACCCUGUGAGGCUUCCGAUAACAUUAAAGUGGAACCACUGACCCCAACAGAGGAGGUGGUGCCCCAGAGCUUACCAGAACAGGUCAAAACUGAGGACAGUGACUGUGUUAAAAAAAUAGAAACCUGUGGCUCCAGGAAAUCAGAGAGAUCUUGCAAAGGUGCUCUUUAUAAAACUCUGGUGUCAGAGGGCAUGCUUACGUCUCUGCGUGCUAACGUGGACAGAGGAAAAAGAAGCUCAGGAAAAGGCAACUCCUCAGAUCAUGAAGGAUGCUGGAAUGAAGAAAACUGGGCUUUUUCCCAAAGUGGGACAAGCGGGAACAAAAAACUGAAAAGGCCUAAGCCAAAGGAAGAUUUUGUUUUUGGCUUAGCAAAGUUGGAAGAAGAAUUUGAAAAGAAAUUCAACAGCCUCCCUCAAUACAGUCCUAUUACCUUUGACAGGAAAAAUUCAUCUGUUCCAAGGAAAAAGAGAAAGGUUGGAAGCGGCUCAUCUGAACAACCAAAAUCCAACAAAGGUUCAGUCCAGUCUAAGAGAAAGAACUUUUUCCCAAAAAUUGUCAGCAAAUAUAAGCACAAAAAGAAGAAGCUUAAUGUUCCGGACAAAGCCAUACUCUCAGAAGACAGAAAUCCCAUUGAGCUUGCCUGGAGGAAUAAAAUUUGUAUAUCUGCUCUAAACACUCCAGAGCCAGCAAUGAUGCAUGAGCCUUUAGUAGGCAGUCAGAAAAGGAAAGCAAGGAAAACUAAAAUCACUCAUCUUGUUCGAACAGCAGAUGGUCGAGUGUCGCCAGCAGGAGGGACACUGGAGGAGAAGCCAAAAGAUCUUCCACAAAGCAGUCUUCAAAAAGCAUCGAGUGCAGAAACGGAUUGCAACAGUGAAUGCUCCGGAAAUGCAGAGACACAAGAAAAUCAUAGUAUUACAUCAGAUAUGCCAGCAGUGUCUGCAUUUUUUAGCUUAGCUGCUCUGGCAGAAGUAGCAGCAAUGGAAAAUGUACACAGAAAUCAGAGGGCCACACCUCUCCCACAUGAUGGACAGCCAAAUGAAAUGUCUCAGGCUCCAGUGCUUAUUUCCUGUGCUGACCAGUGAAGCUCCACUUUAUUGUAAAACAUUGUGCUUUACCUAAUAUCCUAGCCUUGUCUUUACCAAGGGAAGCUAGUCAGUCCAUGUGAUGGAAACUAUAGACUGCAAGCAAGUGCUUAUUGCUCUGAGUGGCCCAGAAUUCACUGGAAGCCAGACAUUAGCAACUUGGGCCAGGUCCUCAAAUCGGAACCCAGUAUGUAGGAGGGUGAUAUUAUUUGUCUAUUAAUGAACAGGAAUGGAAUGAUCCCAGAGCUUGCUUUCUAUUGAAGGCUUUUAAACAGUAAACAGGUGGUUGAUGUGAAGAAGGCUGCCUUUACUGUUAGUUCACACAGCAUCUCUUUUACCAACCAGAGAGUAUGGCAACUAGUUUCAUAUAAUGCCUAGUUAAAUGAAAAAAUCAACAACAAAAACACUGACGCACUGCACUAGUUAUUAUUAGAUAUUCUUAGUCAUUUUUGUACAUGAAGAUUUAAGUUCUAAGAUGGUUUAUAUUAAUAGGUUAUGCCUACGUUUAUAUUGUAGAAUGAAUAUAAAACCUGUUCCAGAGAACUCAAGGCAGCCUGGACAGAUGUACCAUUGUUAGCGGUGUUUGGGCAGCCACGUGGUCCAGAUGUUCUGCACUUUUAUAUUUGCCACCAGAGUGGUAGAGUUUACUGGCAAAAAUUCUGACAGGCUAUGUUUGGGUUUUGUUUCUUUUUAAUUUAGCUUUGAAUAACCAGGAUGAUGUGCAUUAGAAAAAAAAAAGGAGUGGUGUAUGAAAAAGAAAAAUACUGCAGAGAAUAGACUUGUCUUUCAUGCCGUGGAAGGUUCCUUUAUUUUUGCAUAGAUAUCUGAGUGACUCGGUGAAACUUUCCUGUAAACAAAAAGUACUGCAAAUAUGUUUUUCAAAAGUGACCUUAGUAUUAUUUCACCAUUCUGAAAGACCUAAAAGCAUGACUUGUCAAUAUACAUGUACUCUGAUAAGCAUACCGUUUGCAUUUUAAAGACACUGGCAUUGUUGUUGUAGUUACUAUGCACAGACGGCUUCAGAGUUUGUAUAAGGGGCCAAUUACAGUUUGUGUUGGUCAAGGGGAAAGUUUUAUGCAGAUAAACUACAACUGAAGAGUAAUGUUUGACCGAAUUCAGACUACCACAGAUCCGCCUGCCAGCUUCUGUCUUUGCUUAUGCUGAAUUUUUGUGGUUUGCUCUCAUAAAUGCAUCCCGAAAGCCAGGCCAAUUGUAUCACUUGGCCUGCUGUAUUCGCUAUUUUGACCUACACUAUUGUAUAACCAAGCAUUGAUUCCUACCAACAGAUGCAAAGUGAUCAGUAGUAAUUAAUCUAAAGCUACAAAUUCAACAGGGUACUUCUUCAAUAGCACAAGAUGUUUCCCUAAUUCUUGCAUUGUAGCACAACAAUUUACCAAAUUGGACUCCAGCAAUAAUUUUAUAUUAGUCUUCGUCAUACUGGCUGACUUUUUGAUAGUAUUAGCUUGAGUUUGAAGUUCUUUGAAUUAAGUCUUUAAAUGAUGCGAGUUUACAUCAUUCUAUCAGGCAUUCUUAUUUAUACUUGACUGAACUGAUAAUAUGUUUUGGGGUUAUUUUGUAACUAAUUUGAUGUAAUAGCCAUAUGGACAGUAACUCUAUUAAUGCUUGCUAGGUUUAGCCUUUCUUUGUUGUAGCUAAGUGAAAGUCUGUGGUUCGUUGUUGGGAAACAACGUACCAAGAAACCACCUGAGUUGUAACAAAGGGUUAAAGGUUUGGCUAGGGUAGACAGCUUGGAAAGUCUCACUAAAACAGCACCAUCAAAGAUGCAUGUGUUGGAAGAAGGGAACAACGACAAGAACAACUAAAUUUCAGAGCCGAUGUGUCAGUGAAAAGGCUUUUUUUAAAAAUUCAGGUGAAUUUAUGAGUAAGAGCCCCUCAAAUGCCAUUGUAGCCUAUGGCAGUAUUUUUAAUAAGAUUUUAUUAAAGUUUUAUAAGUUAUUUUAACAAGACAGAAAAACUAAAGACUUUAAACUGUUGGGUCACAGCAAGGUGGCUGUUGGAGUUUUGGACCACUUUAUAAUUAGCUGAAAUCCAAAUAUGUUACAGUGCAGGCCGUUCACCUUGACAAUGGUACUAACUUAUUUCUCUAGAAACCUUUAGAGUAGAUAUAUUUUUGUCAAAGCACCCCAUCCUUCCUCAAUUUAAAUUUCAAUAUUGUUCCUGAAGAUAUUUCUGUAUAUUAAUGGUACCUUUUUUAAAAGAAACAGAAAAUUACUUUUUUCUAUAUGAAUUAAUAUCUUACUUGAUCUGCUUUUCCUUGACUUUCCCUUAGAGAGGGGGUAGGGUUGGGUCAGUUUACUGGAUAUGACUGUUUUCAGAUACUUAUAAACCUUUUUGUAGAUAUGCUUAAUUUUUAAGCGAUUAGGCACUGAGAGUAGCAGAAAUCCUGCAAAGCUUUAUAGUUCACUAGGCAUUUGCCUUUGUUGGUUCUCUGAGUGACGUCUUGAUUUUCAGUAGCUAGAGUUUUCCCUGAAUCUACUAGAAGGGGUAUCAGUAUUUUCAGGUAACAAAGUCUGUUAGCACAACAAAAAUUUCAGACCAAUAUCUUACUGUAUUGGGGGUGGGUUGUUGUUGUUUUGGUUUUUUUGGGGGUUGUUUUUUUUUUUUUUUUUUGUUUUGUUUUUUUGUUUUUUUCCUUGUUUUGUUUUAAUUUUUAUUAAUUUCUGCUGCUUUUGUUUUGGAAAAAUCAUAUUGCUAUUGUGUGUACUUCAGUAUACCAGCAAACACUGUUACCUGUUAACACAUUGUCCACAAAUGCCUCUAGAAAAGAAAUUGUUGCACCUUAUGUAUAUCUCAAGCAAACCAAAAUAUGAUGCUUUUCUGCUUUGUUUAUUCUGAAUAUGUUGUAUCAUACUUUACUGAACCCAUUUUAACUUAGCUAAAUCUAUCAAUAUUUAUGCAUUUCACAUUAUUUUCUGGAUCUGAACCUGUGUAUAAAUCUUUCUUUAAAAAAAAGAAAAAGAAAAAAAAAGCGAUUACCUUAGUUGUUCUCUAUCACUUUUCCAUGGGAGUGGGGGAAUCUCAUCUCAAGUGUAAGAUGCAGUACUGUCCCAGGUUUCCUUGGCUUUUAUUUAUUUAGUGAUCUUGGGUAUUUCAUAUAUAGUUUUGAGGUAUACAGAAUAUAUUGUUGUAGCCAAAGCUACAGAUGUAAGCAGCUGGGAGGAAAAUACUGUAAUGUCUUCUUAAUUAUUCUAGUACUGUAUGCAAAUAUGGGAAGAACAUUCUGCAGAACAUUUGAGAUGCAGAUUCUCAUCCCCACAGUAGGUUAUUUUCCAGAUAUUAGACCAAAUCAAUGAAAAACAUCCAUGGAGAUCAGUUAUUGCUCUGCUUAUGGCAGUAACCUACCCCUUGAAUGUGCUGUGAUUUCAGAGAUAGAAUAUAUUUAUUUAAGAUGACUGAAUGCUCUUUUAUACUAAUACAGUAUCCCAAAGUCAUGAGCAAAAGAUUUCUUGUUAAUUUGGGUUUCUCUUUCAUAGCAUUGGCGCAUGAUGUUUGAAGUUGAUGUGGUAAGCGUUGUUGUUGGAAAAGGGUGCAGGAACAGGGGAUAGGAGGAAGCUUGUGAACAAACCAGUGUUGAGAUUCCAUCGUUGCGCUUUACUGUUUGGGUGAAAUCUACUUCUGUAGCAUAAGGCUGAAGAGCAUUCUGCAGCCUGUACCAAGCAGAAACCCGAGAGAGUUGUAACUUACAUCAGAAUGAGGGAAUGCCUUAUAGUUUGGACGCUGUCAUUUGGAGCAGGAUAUUACAUUGGAGCUGUUUACAUCUGCUGCCUGUUUAGCUACUGUACAGAUACUGGAACAGAUUGAAGGCUACAGUUGUAGUCAUGGGACAGCUAAGGGAGGUUAAAAGGAAAGCUGGCCUUUGUUCUCAGUAUGGUGAAGUUGUGGCAACAAAGAGGAGCUAGGAAGAAAGAUACAUGUGUGCGCGCGCGUGUGUGUGUACAUUCUGAAAUAGACAAAAACAUAACGGUUGUACAAGAUCUUGUAAUGUAUGUCGGUCCUUUGAGUGCACUCCCUUUUUUGAAUGCUGAGUCUAAUAUGGCUACCUCUCCUAGAAGACUACUUUUGUUAACUUCCAUUUGUUUUCAGGCUUGAUCGUUUAAUCUUUUCAGCCAUUGGUACCAUUUGUAUAUCGCUGUAUGCUUUACUUCCCGAGAGCAACGUUUAUCUGACAACACCAGGCUGAAUAUACAGUGGUAGCCAAACUGUGUUGCUGGAGCAUUUUUGUUGAACCUCUGCCAUAGUCAUAUGAGUUGCGGGAUAUAGGCCCACUUGGAUGGGUUGUGUAAGAGCAGGAACUGCAGUGCUCAUCAGGUGGUGGACUUCAGAUACUCCCAGUGGUCAUGCAGUCAGCCAAAUGCUGCUCUUGAAAUUUAUUCUGGAGUUUACAUUUGCAAUCUUAAUUUCACAAGGAAACAUAACUGUGCAACUUUUGUGUUGUUAUACCAUACAUUAUUCGUUAGACAACUGUUUGUUUGCCGUGCUUGUUUUCUAGAUUGUAGAGCUCGUAGGUAUCUUUGCCAUGUUCUGUACUAUCUGUGGCAUUCUUCUUACCCUGUACAUAUUAUGAAAAACUAUCAUCUAAAGCUACCAGAACAUUGAGUCAUUUUCAGGACACUGAGAGAUGAGAAUGAGUGCAUUUAGGCUGUGAAAGAGGUUGGUUUUUUUUGCCUCCUCUCCUGAACUUCCCAAUAAAAAGGCACAGAGAGCUUUAUUCUCUCACCUAUUAUAGUCUUUUAUAUACUCAGUAUUUUCUACUGAAUUGACAACUUUGAAGGAGCUUAUGAAGUGGAUGCACGUUUUAUGUUCCCCCACUGAUUCUUCUGAGGCAGGCAUCUAGGAAGAACUGACUUGAGACCUCCACUCAGCAGCACACCUAAGCUUCUGCCUAAAAUCAUCCUUAUUUGAAGGGCAGCGUUGCAUGUUGCAGUGCAACCAUGCAGGAGCCUUGAUUAUGGACCACUGUGCCCCUAGAGUUGAGCUUUGGUUUUUGUGAUGCUUCUGGAGGUGGUGUGUUAUUUUGACCUAGGGCCUUCAUUGGCACAGAGUUUUAAAAACAAAUGCAAAUAAGUUUAAUGUUUGUUGAGUUCUUCCAAGGAAUUAUAUUGUAAUUUCUGGGUCUUGAUCGUUAACUUAUGCCAGCAGACCCAUACUGUACUCUACUGGGAAAAAAAAAAAAACACCACCACGUCUGCUGUCAAACAGUACAGCCUAACUGACCUGGCUUCCGAAUACAGUGCCCUGACCUGCUCUUUUAACCUUGUUUUUUUCCACGCACUGCUACACUUUAUUCGGUGGUCUGAAGGUGACAAAGGCAAGAGGGAAAGAGAUGUGUGUCUGUGUGUGUGUAUACCUGUCUACACACACACGCACACACACACACACACACACACACAGGUAUGCAGUGGCUUGGGAGUUGUUACCUGUAUAAAAGCGUUCCCAUGUUAGGUCCCAAAGCAACGCGAGGUUUCUCAGACGAUGGUUUUCAGACUUUCUUGGUAGGUUUCAUUCUCUUUCCUUCACGUUACACCAUAAGGUGUAAUUGUCAAAAAUGUCUGAAAAGAUACCGGCACUGUGAGAACUUCCUUUCUCAGCAGUGCUUGCUUUUCGUUACCAGUCUGUGUUGACAGUUUUAACACGCCUGAUUUGCUGUGAUCUCUCUUUGUAGGGCCCAGUCCUUCAACUUUUAUUCUCGUACAUAAUUCCACUAAAUUUUGACCCCAUAUUUGGCUUUAUUCUCUCCAGAGCUUGGUGUAAACAUGCCUUAUAAUAGUUCAUCUCCAUAAGUGGUAUAACGGAGCUACUGCCUUCUUAGAUGUGUGUAGUUAGAAGUCAAUAAGCACAUUUAUAAAAUGUCAUACUUUCUUCGGAAACCUCUAUCUAAUUUGAUAUUAGGUGCACAUGUUAAGUCAUGUGUAUAACAUGCUAAAGUACAUUAAACUGUGAUCAAAAACUGAAUAAAAUAUUUAAUAAAAUAUUUGAAAUAUUUGAAAAGGACCGUCAAAUAGAUUUCUUUAUGUUCGUUCUAUUUUGGUUAUCUAGUGUGUGCCUGUAAACAGUUUCCCAUUUAAAACUAAUGAUUGCAAAUAAAUGCUAUUAAAACAGAGCUGCUUUGAUACUUCCCCUGCUUUACUAUUAAGUGGCUGUUUCCUUUAACGUAUGGCUGACUUAGUAGCAUUAGCAGAACGUGUUUUUAGCUAGAGUAUGAGUUGGUUGGCUUUUUCUUUCUUUUUUCACUGUAAAAGAAGCCAGCUUGUCUUCCACCUGAAAAUGGAAGAUGCCAAAAAACAGAGAUGGAUCCCCAAAACCAUGAGCUGUAGUUUCCCAUCAGAUCAUCCACCCAACUUCUGCACGGUGACUAAAACAACUCUGCAUGUUUGCAAAGAUCCCAAGCCCAUUUGUUCUUCUUGAAGAUGUCCAUAAUGGGAGCUUUCCUUUUAUUUUUUACAAACUUCCAAGCCUUGACCAACACUUUUUGACACUGUUGGAAAGAUCCGCACACCAGUGCAGGUACCACAGAAUUCACUGUAUGUAUAUCAGCGUGAAGCUGAAGACUGUGGACUAAGGAGAGGUGGGACUCAGUGUAGUUAAACUGGGAAAGCCAUUUGCCCUUUCUUCUAAGCUUCUGGAUCUUGUCUUCAAGCCACUGGAAAGCUCAUUUCUAACCCACGCAAAUGUAAAUGAAGUUGUCUCACACAAAGAAGCCUCUGCGAUGCUUUCAGUCUCUGGACACCAGAAGAACUUCCUCAGAAUGGCUUCUCUCUGGAAAGCAAAUAGCAAGCAGCAUCCAUAUUUAAACUUAAAGAUCCCCACUACUUUCAAAGCUUAUUUAAACCAGUACUCUGUUCUUCCCUUGUAUUUUACCUUCUUUAUUUAGGAUUGAAAAUUAGACUUUGGGGAGGUCUCGCCUUUUUUUUUCCGGCCUUGGAUGCCUGAAAGGUUCCUUGGUUGCAAUGUAUUUUUUGCAUCACACAAGGCCCAGGUACAGAAUAUACAAAAUCAGUAGAAAACAGUUGUUCGCUUGCAAGCAGAGAUCUGUUUCUGGGUCAGAAGCAGCAGAAGGGAAGCUUUUACUUUUGGUGGGGGGGAGUUGGGUUGGUUUGGGGUUGCUUUUUUGUGUGUGUGUUGUUUUGUUUUGUUUUUUUUCCAGCCAUGUGCCACUUACUCAGGGAAGAAGAAAUGUACUCAAUCUUGCACUGCCUUUACUGGUUAUGCAUCAGCUGUCUGCAAAGAAAUACCAGGAAUGAAGGAGCUUCAGAGCUAAAAGCCUGAAUGUAAUGGUCGUAUUUGGGAAAGGGAGAGAAAAGCUCUGAUGCAGCAAGAAAAAGCUGUGAGGAAUCUUACAAAACACCUUUUUUCUCAGUACAGUACGCUCAGUCAGGGACACUGAAUUACAAUUCCUUUUUUUUUCUUAGCAGAUUACCUUAAAAUAUAGCCAUCUUCAUUACUCAGACUUCCACGUUUUUGUGUCUGCUCUCAUUUUGUUCUUCCAACAAAACACCUGCAUAGUGCAGCCCACUCAGUGCAUCUAGACCUCGUUUGUUACCCAGCUCUCACGCUGCUACUUGCAGCUGCUUGGCAUUACACUGACACUCUCUUAACUGUCAGGUAAGAUGAAUUCCCCACUCAUGCUUCCAAGACACAGGAUGGAGAGACAUCCUCUUCCUAAGGUGAUUUACUUCUGCCCAGCAUUACGACGUUCUCCAUGGUUUCCAUUUGUUGGGUUCUUUUCAUUGCUCAUCACCUUCUUUUAUUGUGCUUUUAAUCCUGCCCUGAAACAGACUUUUUUUUUAGUGAUUUUGCAGUGUAAAAGCAUUAAGUGAGAUGCAAAGGCUACUCGAGCGUACCAUAACCAUCAUACAGCACGUGGAGCUGCCAGUUCUUCAGUAGGACCGUAGCACUUCGUAACAAAAUACGAGACAACGUUUCUAUAUCUGCUGCAAAGUUCUGUUUUGUUCUCAAAAAUAAAACCUAUCAGAUAUAACGCCUACCAGCUAUUCAGUGUGAACUUCUUUUUGUGGACUGUUCUUGGCACAGAAACAGCAAGAAGCUGAGCUCUAAUACAGUUGCGCUUAAAAUGUGCUGAAGAUUUCAGCUAGGCUUCAUUUGGUGCUGGCAGGAGAAGGAGGAUUAGAUCUUUGGCACAAGUAAUCUAACAUUGGACAUAGCUGUCUGUACUGCAGCUGAAACUGGUUGAAAACCCAGCUUGCAUAAAUCCAUACCAAAAGUUUAUUCCAUACAAAUAGGUACUUCAGUCUGUUUGUCUGUGAAACAAGAGGAACUCGUUGAAAUAGAUCCCAAAACCAAACUGGUUACUGUAGAGUUUCAGGCUUAACACCAAAGUGUACUUUGCUGAAUGCAAACACCUAGGACUUCAGUCUGCAGCAUUUUGUUUAUUACUUCUGCUUGGAGAUGGAGAAGUAACACUGAGAGCAUUAGGUGCAUUCAUUACAGUGUGUGUUUGGCUACUUUGCUAGGUCAUCUGGGAAGAUGUUUCACAGGCACUUGUUCCCUUGCUCAAAUUAAAGCUUGUAUUUGCAUUCACUGUGUUUGUGGCUAAGGCUUCUCCUGCAAAGGGAAACAUAGUCAUCUGCAUGGCUUACAGUAACGCAUCUUCCAGAUGCACUCACUCUUUUCUGAGGUCAGAGUUGUCUGCUCAGGCAUUUGAUAACGUGAUGUGGAGACACUUGGUGAUCUUCCUUUGCCAAGGUGUUGUUGAGAGGUCCUACAUGGCCAAGCUUCCUGGUGAUGGCAGCCAUUGGGCUCAGGUCUGGUCCUUCUGGUGCUCAGUCAUGUUCCUUCCAAGCCCUUUGUGAGUGCUCUUAGCACCUUAUUCAGUGCCUGGAGUUAGGACUGGUGCUUUUCCUGCAAGCUUUCCAAGUAUGAAGAACCAUUCCUUGAUGUCUUCAUGACUGGGUCCUUAAAAUGAUUCUGCUGCAGGAGGUCUUACAGCUUAGCAGCACGUUGCCAGAAGUUUCAAGGCCUAGUACAUCUGAUACUAAAAACUACCAGGAGAUUUCUGUUCUAGAUGGGACCUUCUGAGUAAAAAAAAGAAACAAACCUAGCUGGAACCAGAUGAAGAAGUCAGGCAUUCAUGAGCAUCCAGGUGCUUACAAGCACCUUUGAGUUUGUGGAUGACAGGCUUGAUAUGCCCUUGGUUACAGCAGCCAUGUGAAUCGCCUGCAGAGACCAACAGGUCAUCACAGCAUUGGUUUUCAUCUUGAUUUGGGGAGCACUGUUUUCUACUGGAAGUCAGGAGGCAGGAAAAUCACUGUCACAGCACAUGAUGGAGCAUUUCAUUGUCUUCAAGAAGCUGAAAUUUCGAGAGCAGGGUUUGCCAGCCCUUAGCAGAAGUUUAAAUAUGAAAAAGAUCAGAAAUUGAAGUUCAAGUGCACAGUUGGGAAUGGAUGCCAUGAGUUGUUUCUGUGACCGCAGCAGUAAUUUUUCAGUCAGCAGCGUGUGAGCUGCGUCAGGUGUGAUGCAGAUGGGAAGCAUUCCAUCAGGUGACAGGUGUAUUUGGCACUUGGCAAGAGUGUUGUAAAUAACAACUGCUUCUCUGCUGUACUUCUUAACAAUGUGAAGUGUUGGCCAUUGCUUUCAUCUGUACUUAUGCAAAUUGUUUGUGCUGUGCUUCAGGAAAAUAUGCUGUAUUGAAUUUGGGUAAUUCUCAUGUAGGAAUCCAGAGCUGUGAAGGAAUCUCUUAGGAGUGAAGGGCUGCUAGAGGAUGCUUUAUGAAAAUGCUAGUAUUUAUACAAGUGUGACUGCAGAUCUCUGAGCCAGGCUCAGAGAGUUCAGAAAAUACUCCCAAGUGCUUUGCAGGAUCACUCAUGUUUUAUUAUUUUUUACUCAAAUAUAUAUAUAUAUAUAUAUAUAUUUGGUGAUAUAUAUAUAUCACCAAAAACCAAUGAAGUCAACAACCUUCAUGCCAAUGCUUUGUACUGGAUGUCCUUGUUCAGACAGCGCAUGUUGCCUUGAACCCUCUUGGCUCCGUCAAAUCCACUGUCCAAGUGAAAGCUGUUUUAUAUUUGCUGGAAGAAAAUCUCAUGUCAUGUGUGGGUUUGUUUAUCUUGCUGGCAGUUGGACAUGUUGAGCUUCACUUACGAAUUUCUCACCUUCCUUCUCAGUCAUCUCACCUUCCCUCCCUUUCCUCGCACGGCUUACGACUUGACUGACAUCAGUUCCAAACUUCCCACUCAUGUGCAGUGGGAUGGGAGCAGUACCAGACCAUCCCGAGCUACUUCACAGCUCUGAAAAAUAUGCAAAGAGCAUCCUGUAUUUCAUAAUGCUUUUAGCAGCAACGUUUCCUGCCCAUGGCUGGACAUCAGCUGCAGCUUCUGCAGAGAGAGAAGCACAGGGCAACGGGAUCUGCCAGCGAUGCCAGCAAAGCAGCGGAGCCUUCCCUCCAGCCUGGCUUUCUUUAGGGGAGCCAGAGAGCAGCAGUGCCAGGAACCCAGCAGUCCUUUGAAAUACCAUCAACUACUUCCUUCUCCCAGCAGUCUGUUAUUGAGAAAAGCUUCACAGUUGAAGAGGACUUGGCCUGCCUUAUUUCCAGUGUGUGGCUUGUGACGGCAACUAACUUUGGAGGUAGCGUGCUGACUGUCUUCAAAAACAAAACAGAACUUCAGUGCUGCCUAUUAGACCUACACUGUUGGUGUUAAUCCAUACUAAGCCUUAACUUGCAAAAUAAAUCUUGGCACGUUCCCGAAUUUCUUUCUUGGAGGGAAAAAAAAAAAAAAAAAAAAGGAAAGUUCCCAAGCAUUUAGAUUUAAUUUUUCUGUAAUUACUGAGGAAAUCCUCAGCUCGAGUAAGGCUUCAGGAGGAUGAAAGCACCACGGCAAUCACACUGACAAACUCCAUUGGAAUGUAUUGAAUUGGGCUUCCAGGUGAAGAACACAGACUUCAUAAACACCAGGGCAGGAAACCACACCGACAAGUCACAUCUCAGUACUGGCUGAUCCCUUCCAUGCAAGUCACAUCUCUUAGUCUGCAGAUUUUGUGAGGCAGUAACACGUUUUUCAAUUCCCAUGUCUUUCGUCUGCUGUUUGAAGUCUAACCCGGUGGCUUUGCUUGUGUCAGGUGAGCAGACUCCCUGUGGUUUUGAGCUGUUAGUGUCUCAGGUUGAAAAUGAUUUUAAAGCUGCAGCUGGGAGUGUAGUAGUGCCAUGGCUGAACACCAGCAGCCCAGAUGUGGGUACCAAAUGCUGAUGGAUGCUCAAGGGAUCCUCCUGCAGGUGCGGGCUGGCAGCAGCGGUGUCGCACACUUGGGGGUGUAGCCUCAGCCAUGUCCCUGAAACAGUGCUGGUGGUGGCAUACAGAGCCCUUGGGCACGUGUUGUGCAGUUGAUGUGAAGGCAUUUUUAUUCUGGUAUUGUUGCUACUGGGCAUCGAUUUAAUCAGGGAGCAUUAAAUUAGGAAGGGUAGCACUGACAUGCAUUGCUAAAUGUGUCUCGAGAUGGUCUUUUCUCACCCACGUGAACCUUAAAAAAACAACAGAACUGGCAUGCAGACAAGCUCGUAGGAAAAGCCAGCAUUUCCGUGCAUCAGAUCCUGCUUGUGCCACUUGUGUUUCUAUGGUGAAGGCAGGUUAUCAAGCUGUUAAAAUAGCUGUUCACUUCAGAAGUGGUAAACAGAUGGAUUCCCACAGCUGGCUGUAGGUGAGCAGCAGCCUGGUGCCGCCACUGCUGCUGUUUGUUUCCUUCACUCUGUGGAAGCUGGUUGCCAUUGGUGUCAUUGUAUCACUUCCUUUCCAUCACCAGCUGAGAGCAACUUGUUUAAGUGAGGUCAUCUCUCCGGGCAAUUGUAAUAUGUGGAAAAACAAUACCACAAAUCAUCUGCACGGUAAUGCUGGCGUUUCCUAAUGAUGUCUCACCUCAUUGUUUGUGAGUACCUGUUUACAAUGUCCCGGGGUCCUAGUCUGACUUUCUUUUUUUAUUUUCUUUUGAAGCAGAGUCAUGUUUACUCCAGAUUAAUUAAUUUUUAGUGCUGCUUCUGGCAAGUCUAAAAGCAGCUGCUCUUGGAGUAGAUUGUAGAGAGGCCCAUAAUGUCUUGUCAGGAAGAUAUAAACUGACUCUUAACAGGACACAUGCUUGUGUGCACUUGGGCCAAGGUAGAAAACCAAGCAUCCUGCCAAGGUGUUCAAUGCAUCCUUUGUGGGGGCAAGACAAGAUGCUGGUGGUAUUUACGUAGCAUGGAGUCACAGGGACUUGGGGGCAUCAUCUGGAGUGCUUCUCUAUCUCAGGACAGGUUAAGCUGUGCCUGCCUGAAAGAUGGUUGUGGAAUCCACCCUUACUUCCACAGCGCCCAUGAGCAUAAUUAUAAGAGAUAGGUAGGUAAAAAAAAACCCACAUCUUCAGAAGAUAUGCUAGAUAAGUAUGUUUUUGUUAACGUGACAUUAAAAAUAACGACUGGAUAAGAUCUGAGGUGAGAUUUUUCACAGAGUGCCAGCCCAGCAUGAUCACUAGCCACGGGACUCCCACAUGCCUUCAAAAACCUCUUCUCCUGAAUGGUUUGUCAGGUUGUCUUUUAAUAGCCAUACCAGAGAGGUUCAAAGCAACCUUUCUCCCAGCGCUGUGUUUUCUAUCUAGCAGUUGCCUUCAAUUUGUUUUUACGGAGUUCUGACGGUAAAAACAGAACAAAAACAAACCUGCCAGCUUUUUCCUUAGUACCCUUGUGCGGAUGCUACAAAUCAGUCCUUAAAGCCAUACUACUGUGGGGUGGAACCCAAACAAGGAAAACACUCAUCUUAGCUUGCAUUCAGGUGUGCUGUGAAUGCCAGAAUGUGGCCAUCCUCUCAUGGAUACCACCAGGCUGAGCAGUGGGCAUUUUGCUGGGCCUUCAGUUGGGUCCCAGCAAUGAGCCUUGCGUCCAGCCUUGAGUCCUACCCAUUCUCUCAGUGGGAUGCCUCUUCCACACCAGUGCCCCAAGUGCUGGAUGUAGGCCAUGCCUGCAUGCAGCCUGCUUUCUGAUCUACCCGGGCCUAGCUUCCCCAUUCUUCAUCCACACAGCCCAGAGAGGGAAAGCCACCACAGAACCACAGCCUUCCACAGCGCCUUGUCUGCUCUGUGCUGCCAAUGCUAUUACUGGCCCUACCAUCCCAAGCAGAAAGGGCAGCAAGAAGCAGGUCUGGCUGGAGGCAUGACGUGACCAUCAGGUGCUGCCCCUUGGCCACGCUGUGUACCACGGGGCAGACCCGAGCAGUGACAUCUAGGCCAAAAGAAGGAAUAAAAUCAGGGGCUGGUGCUGCAUCCAAGGGCUAUAAAACCAUGGUAGGGUGCAGACUGAAGGACCAGAAAAACUGAGCUCCUUGUUCUCUUGCUCACUUGGCCCUGAUACAGGCAUGGAUGUUGUGAAGAGUGUGUGUGGGUGCGGGACCCAAGGCUAUUUGACUUCAGCAAAAAGCCUUUGGAAAGAUCCAGUGUGGGUGCCCACCAGCUAUGGGCUGACAUUUGAAGGGCAAUAUUUCCACAGACACCUCUCUGCAGUAGCGGGCAGCAUCAAGUGACAAAGAAUCUGUUGGCUUAAAGGAGAGAAGGUACACCAGAGCAGUUCAUAAGAUGGGAUUCACAGCUUGUGAGUCAGAUAAACGGCUUUAUAUAGGAGGAAAUGAUGUGUGUAGUAGGAAUUGGCUGAUUUUCCCAGCCCUGGCAGGGAUUGUGGUGUGUCGAGAGUCUUUGGCUCCCAGUUUCACAUAUGAACUAUUAAAUAUGGUGGGAGCCUGUCAAGUUGCAAAUUGUGCACCACAUCAGCAGUCUUUGGCUUUCGCUAUCGAUGUAAUUCUCAGUGAUGCCUGGAGAAGUCUUUCUUUCUGGUUGCAAUGGCCUUGAAAUCCCUCAUCCUUCUGUGGAUUUCCUAACACUUCUCUGCAGCUCCACCAGGGUAAACCAAACUGGGGUGCAGUAGGGUCAAAACUGACAGCUAAGGCUGUUGAUUGCAGGAGAUCAACUUGGGCACUGCUAUUCAUCUUUCUCCUCAGCAGUCAAAGAACCAGCAGCAGCUGGUGAAGGUGAAGCUUCAGUUGGUUUUACACCUGAUGUAAGCACUUCUCUUUCAAAAUCUGCCCGUUUGUUAACCCUUUCCAGCACAGCAGGAUGCUGCUGGUUCUCUGUGCUGCUGAGUGAGUCCCAUAGAGCUGACCAGAAGUUGCAGCACUGACAGCAAGCACCGACCCUGCAGUUGCUUUUUGAAGUUCCAGAUCUCCCUUGUCUGAUGCUGACACAUCUAUCUGCCUUAUGCCAAGCACAGACGAAGGUCCACAAGCUUAAAUAAGACAUGGUGAUGCUCUGUGAUGAUGCAGAAACUGGGAUAAUUGAGUUUUCAGCAGUUCUCCUCAUAGUGGGUUUACCUUGAUGGGCUGAAGAGCUUAUGUCCUGCAUGAUUCAGGUCAGUGCCUCACUUUUAUGUGCUUCUCUCUUAUUGCAGCACAUCACUAUGUGCUCAGCAUCAGUGCUCGGCGGGAUGCAGAGCUGCUGCUGCUGUCAUAGGUGAGAUUGCUCCUGAAGGCGUGGUGCAAUAGCAGUCAGGGAUUUUGUAGCUCUGUUCUUUUGUAACCCAAUGCCAAGGCUAAUGCUGAGUUCAGCAAGGAUGUGGUUGCCUGGCACAGUGCUGAUUUUAAUGUCAGGUAUGUUUUUAAAUCGAAACGACCCUUCGUUUUGUAAUACUGCAAAUACAUCCUGCUCUGUCUGGACAUCCAUCUUUAGAAGCAAGCACGGUUAUGCUCCCUUAGCAAGAUGUCAUGCUUACUAUGGACAACAGUUUGUGUAUUGCCACGCUGUUACCGGUGUACCCCACGCAAAUCCAUCUGCUCGCCAUCGGGGUGGUGUGGGAGGCAGGGCAGUGGGGAAUCCAGAUGUCAUCGCUGGGUUGGGAAGAGGCCUCUAGAAACACUUUGGGUGAAGGGUGUGUUGAUGGUUUUCCUUAGGUGGAUGGAAGUGGCCCUUUUUGGUGUGUUUGGAGGAGAACGAGGGGGUUGGCAGGCGAAGCAUCUUGUAUGAGAAGCGUUCUUUCAGAUUAAGCAACAAAACUCUGCAUGCACAUACAGACUAGGUCUUCAUAAUGCAGUCAGGCUCUGACAGCGUAUUGCAGCAUUAUUGCUAUUUAUAACUGAUGAUUACUAACAACACUAUAAUCGAGCAAACUUAGUGGUAGCAACAUAAAUAGCAAUCUGGAUGACUGAAGGCAUUGCCAUCACUGGGGAUGGCAACUGCGGCAUUAGAAGAAAACUCUGAGGGAAGAUACUGGUUGUUGAUACACGAGCUUGGGUCUGCUAGUCUUUUAUAUACCAUUUUUAAUAUACUUCCUGAAAAUGAAGCUUCAGAAAGGUACACUGCCUCUUUAAAAUUAGCCUAGGAACUACAGGUAGUUCACAUUAUUUUUAAAAUAAUAAAUCUCUCUAUAUAUCUAUAUUAAAAUAUAUAUGUAUACAUAAGUUGGCUGGCCUGCCUUGUGGGAAGGCGGCGGCCGAACUAAGUCUGAGCUACUAUUGUAUUACCAUGGUCUUCUGUUUUGUAGAUAGCCCCUCCUCCCUAGAUGAGGUUCUGUUCUCGCUCCACAGAAGGUGCCUGUGUAUAUAACUCCUUUGUAUUGCUUUCUGCAGAGUCCCUUAUAUAUUUCUUACUACUAAUGCUGUGUAGAAAAUGAAAUCCAGAGAUUUUACUACUGAUAAUUAACCAUAUAAUGGCCAUUAGCAAAAUAAAGAUUUAGUUGUUUGGGAAACAGAUUAUUUAUAUUGUGUAUGGUUUAUUGCCUGAUAACUUGUUUGGUGACUGGAUAUUCUUUUCCUUCUCCUGGUCCUUUUCUGCUUUUUCCAGCUAUGGUGUUUACUCCUCACUUUGAUUAUCUAGCAGGCAAUAAAGUAUGUUGUAUGUUUUGAA